UGUACAGUAUAGUACUGACUGUUGAGGACGGCUGCGGGCCGAAUGACGGGAACUUCGUCAUCACACGGAGGUUCCUCAUCUAUGACGACAACAGUACAGUUCAGGCUGACACAUCCGGGCACCAUCCCAUGUGGGCGGAGUCAGCCUCUAACGUCACCGGAAGGGUGUGGCAAACCAACCUACAAGACGCCACGGGAAAUGGACCACAGGUGACUAUUUCCUGGCCGGACCACUUCUGCAACCAACUACACAAACACAACAAGUUUCUAAACGCCAUAGAAGAACAUCCUUCACCCAUCCUGCCUGGGUACGAAGAACUAACUGGCCAGCCCCCAGCUACCCGGUCCCGUGAAGCCAUCCCGAACGUGAACACCAUCCUGCUGUUCCAGACAGACUGGGCUGUGGACCAUCAGGGCGGGAGGAGUCUCAGCAGCCCGCCGGGAAACUGGCAGAACGUCUCAGAUAUGACGUUACAAAGACAAAGUCGUGACGUCCCUAGAGAAGACGGAGACACGGUCCGUUUCUGGGUUCGUGCUUUUGACGUCAUGAGCAACUUUCUCGACGAUUACGUCACCAUUCACGUGGACUCAUCUCCUCCCGUGCUGGAGAGCAUUUUUCUGUCACGAGGCGGAGUACACACUUUGGCAGUACAUCACUCACAAGAUCUUUUUGAGAUGACAGUCGUUGUCACAGCGUACGAUGAUCACAGCGGCAUUCAUAACAUCCACUGGGAGUUACACGACAUGGCAGACCCGACAGUCGUCCAUGGGGAGGGACAGGUCACUGUCAGGAGGCCUUCCACUCUCCAUCCCGAGUGCCCCCCUCCAUUUUGUACCUGCAUCCCCAAAGAUGAAGAGUGCUACUUCCGUGACCACGACUUUAAACCGGACAAAAACAAGAUGAACAUCUCACAGGGGACCCACGACCACGACUAUUACAUCAUCAUCACGGUCACCAACAACGCCAUGCUGCAAACACAAGGAAGGUUCCAGAUCACCGUUGACACCAGCCCGCCUCUGCCCGGUCACGUCCAUGACAGUCUGCCGGCGGAAACAGACCUGGACUUCCAACAGGACACCGUCAUACAGGCAUCAUGGGAAGGUUUCUUUGACAGGGAAAGCGGCGUCAUGUUCUACAUGUACGGCUUUGCUGAGGACUGUCUGACGUUGGAAAAUGUGACUGAGUUCGGAAAUACUAGUAAUUAUCAGGUAGCAAACACCACGUCAACCCACGCUGAAUGGGAAGCCACACACCCAGGCCUGUACCACUGCACGGUUAUCGCCUUUAACCGUGCGCUGGAACCGUCCGAACCUGUCUGCUCAGACGGUGUGACCAUAGACAUGACACCGCCCGUCAUAGCAGACCUGGCAGUGGACAACCUACACUACACACCGGGAGUGGUCAGAGGGAUGGACGGCAAGGUUUGGCUGGUGGACAGCAGUGGACUCAGACAUCCAAUCAACGAACCGUCUGCAACAUGCAGGAAUGUUUCUCAAGAAGUGGAUGACGUCAACUUAUGGCCAGCUCAAAAUCUACUGUCGAACGGAACAGAACUUCCGGGGUAUUCAGACAGCGACUGUCUUACAGCAGGUCCCUUUUCUGGCAACGGCUUCUUAUCAAGGGAGAACAUGUUAUCACUACGAUGGGAUGGUGAAGACCCUGAAAGUGAAAUAUACGACUUCGAGGUUGGGCUUAGCAGCACGCUGUCCCCUGAUCUGCCUGACAUACUGCCGUUCACAUCAACUAACGCACAUCCCCACUUCACAACGUACCAUCCAGACUUGGACGAAGGAAAACAGUUCUACUUAGUCCUGAAGGCUAUCAACAGAGCACAGAUGUCUACAACUAAGGUUUUAGGGCCUUUUAUCGUUGACGUUUCCCCACCAGUGUUCUCAAGCGUGAUCGAGGUAACGUUGGAGGAAAAUAACGGGAGUCAGGCGUUGGUUGCCAGAUGGGAUUCUAGACCGACAUCAGUCCACGACAUCGAUGAUACAGGCAGAUUUUACAAGUUCGAGUACUCUGUUGGUCACCACCCGGGGACGACCGAAGUACAUGAUUUUGCACCAUUCCCGACUGAUGACAAGUUCUGCAACAUCACGUCUCCACCGACCUGUCUGGUCAUCCCACUAUCAGCCCUGGACUGGCAUCUUCACGGCCAGCACACGUACUACGUGUCCAUCCGGGUGGAGAAUGCGGCUGGUCUCAGCACCGUGGUGACUUCACAGCCGUACGUGCACUUUGUGGGUCUUCCGUCAGAGGGGGUCGUCAUGGAAGUGGAUCCAGCAGCAGGAGAACCUUCCAUUUUGGGGCGUCCUGCUGACAUAGAUAUCCAAAGCAGCACUGACACCAUCAGCUGUGAAUGGCUGGGAUUUUCACAUCCACAUCAGGACGUCACCUAUCAAGUGGGCAUCGGGACGGAGCCUGGGCUGGCGGACGUCUGUCCAUUUACUUACACAGGGCAGAACACCAGCUUUACAGCCCACAGCAUGAAUCUGGAUACUUUUCAGACCUAUUACGUCACAGUUGUGGCUGGUACUGAAUCCGGAAACAUCUUUGUGACGUCAGACGGUGUUCUAGUGUUAAGAGAUGAUGACGUCAUCAACGGGACGCAGGUUCUUGAUGGUCUUGGCUGUAUUAUGGAUACCAACAACACUUUCUUCCAUCAUGCCAAUCUCAGCCAUGUCAAGUGUUCAGAAAACAAAGAUUUCCAGAUUUCUACAACAACCGUCGAGGCCCGAUGGACCAUUCCUGCCGCCGUGAAGACGUUCGUACGCCGGGUGGAAUGGGCCGUGGAGAGAGAAGUUCGACUCAGUGGAGUGCCUUCAUGGGAAAGAAUCACAGAAUUCAGGAACAUGCGGAUGUCCAGUCACGGCACGUGGACAGGACUGACCCUUCUGAACUCGCAGCGUUACCGGUCUGUCAUCAAGUUGUGCCAUCCGUCCGGAUGUUUCCAGCCCGCACACAGUGAUGGGUUCACGGUCGUCCACAACCCUCCCACCCCGGGACAGAUCACCUCCAUCAGUUACAACAGGACGGCAAGGGUGCUAACGUUCACCUGGCAGCAGUUUGAUCAUGAUGACACAGCCCAGUCUAACGCUGAAGGUCCAUUCAUACACUAUGAGUGGAACUUAGCAACAGAGAUGUCCUUAAAGGGCUCCGCCUAUGGUGACAUCAUUUUACCGUGGCAACCGAUCCAUGUCGAAAUGGUGACUGAAGGCCAACUGACCCAUGAAGUAACAUUAGAUGAUAGGUUAGACUUCACCCAUUGCCUCCGUCUGCUCAUCCGAGGGACCAACAGGGUCGGUCUGUACUCGACCGUCGCCCGGGACGUGCUGGAUUGUUACGCGUACGAUCCCAUCCUCAUCAUCCCACCCACAGUCAUCGAUGCAGUAGGAACCUUAGAAUCAACACACAUGAGUGAUGUGCACCUCGCACAAAAUGAGAAGUGGCCGCUACCCGACCAGGAGUUCACAUCUGCCCGUGACAAACUGUCUGCAGUCUGGCCCACACUGCGACACGGGCACUACAGGUGGAAGGUUGUCUCUGACGAGUCAAUUCAAAACUGGGCUUAUGUCACUUCCCGUCAUGCUCUGCGGUACUCCGAUUACGACUGCAGCGCCCCGCAGGUUUUGGCUUGCGGAGAGACUGAGGAAAACUUUGUUAACGUCCCAGAGGUAGAGUUACUACACGGCAGGAGGUACCACAUCUGUGUUCAUGCUAACGCCACAGUUCUGCAUUUCGAGUUGUUCGACCAGAGUCUGGAUGAGGUAGAUUCCUGUUCUAACGGCAUCACCGUGGAUCUUACCCCUCCACUGCCGGGUCAAGUAUGGGUCAACCACAAAGUCGGGCAGUUCCAGACAUCAACCUCAGAGAUGAUAGUCUACUGGAACACGUUUCGUGACGUGGAGGAGCACGGCAUGUCGUCUCACCAUAGCGGUAUUCACAAGUAUGAAGUUGCUAUUGGUACCAGUCCAAAUGGUGUCGACGUUCAGGACUUCAUGGAUGUUGGUGUGACGAACAUGGCAACAGUACAUGGUCUCCGGCUGUACUCAGGGCACACGUACUAUGCAACUGUUAGAGCGACUGACUAUGCCGGCCUGUCCGUGACGAGUGUGUCCCGGGGAGUAACAGUUGACGUCACGGCUCCAGUUGUGACUGACGCUGAUGUAGAUGUAGGAGGCCGAUAUCUUAUCUCUACGUCAUCUGUGUCUGCCAGCUGGGACAGGGUCUUUAUCGAUACUGAGAGCGGAAUGUCGUACUAUGAGUGGUGCGUGGGAUCAGAGCCCGGCCAUUGUGACGUCAUGGCGCUCACCAGGACAGAGUCAGAGGAAGCCGUGUCAGACUCCGCACUGGACCUGCGUCUACAGGAGGGACAUGCGUACUACAUAUCUGUAAUGGGUUAUAACGGAGCCGGUCUGUCGUCCGUCGCCUUCUCCUGGGCAGCCGUGGUGGAGACGUCUCCUCCCGUACAGGGGUUUGUGUAUGACGGUGUCUCCGGUGGGGACAGACAUGAUGUGGACUUCCGGACGGACACAGGAACCCUGCACACCUGGUGGGAAGGUUUUCACGACCCUCACACAGCUCUGCUGGGGCACUCCUGGAGCGUCGGCACGUGUCCCGGAUGUGAUGACGUCAUGGAGGCUGAAGAUGUUGGUUUACUUCAAGAAGCAUCUGCCAAGUAUUUGAGUCUUGUCUCUGGAAAAAGAUACUACAUCACCGUGACGGCCUGUAACGUGGCUGACUUGUGCACAUCUGUAACCUCCGACGGUGUCGUCAUCGACAACUCCCCUCCAGUGGCGGGGAUAGUGUAUGACGGAGUGGACGACAUGGACUUCUCUUUCCAGGCCUCCAGGACAUUCCUGGGAGCCCAUUGGUUCGGUUUCCAUGAUCCUCACUCCGGUUUGUCUCACUACGAGUGGCGUGCAGGCACGACCCCUGGCGGAGAUGAUGUGUACUUCACCUCAAGGCUGCAUCUUACGGAGAUGGCGUAUGUCUCUCGUGUUGAUCCACCUCUACCGAUUGGUCAGGCAGUCUACGUGACAAUAAGGGCUUACAACAAAGCAGGACUUUUUGUGGAAAGAUCGUCCAAUGGAGUCACAGUUGACGACACGCCUCCAUCUUUUACCAGCAGACCUUCGUUUGACUUACAGCACGGGUCAAUCAUAGCUGAAAGCCAGGUGUGGAGAACAAUUGUGUCCGUGUCCUGGGAGGUCAGUGACCCCGACAGUCCUAUAGAGCGGCAGCACCUGUCAGUCUUCACUCAUCACCAGGCUGACGUGGACAUCGACCCAGUACAGGUUGUUGGCUCCAUACGGGACUACAAGUUCACAAACCUGUCGCUGCAUGACGGCAACACCUACUAUGUACGGGUUACUGCCUGUAACAUGGCGCGGCUGUGUACGUCUGCGGAGGCUGAUGGACUUCUGAUCGACUCGAGUCCCCCCACCGUGGGUACGUUCGCUGUCCAUACGGAGCACGCCGCACAGCUGUCCCGGCAUCAGGACGGCUGGAUGGGGUACCGGCAGCAGAACGGUACAACCCCUCCUCACGUCAGGCUGGCGUGGCUGGGAUUCUCGGACAUCCAUACCGGCAUUGAGACUUACCACGUCACCAUUGGAUCAGAGUUUAGUGGCAGGGACCUAUCGGGCGGCGAGGUGAUGAUUUCCCAUAAGAACGGUACAAGUCACGAGGACGAGGGAGUCAUACAGACAGCUUCAGUCAACAUCAGCCGGGACCUGACACCGGGGGAACAUAUCUACAUCUCACUCUGGGCUGUCAACAAGGUCGGACUGGAAAGUCUUGAAGCGCACGAUGCUUUUGAAGUUGUGGCGUCCAGCCCUUGCUGUGGCGUCCUGUCAUUGGUCAGGAGAUGUGAGGCGGAAUCGUGUGAAGGAGACUGCACGUGUGCGCCACAGAACCAGAAAUGUGCACCACCAGACAUAGGCUGUAAUGAUGUUACAGACCCGUCCACGUACCAGCAGGUCCGGGUGUAUGACGUCAUCGACCUGCGGAAUCAGGAACCUAUGGAUGCUGACGUCACGCCUUCCCAGUGUGCAUUAGCGGCUCGGUGGGAAAUCCUUCCUGGAGGGAAACAAAUCAAAAGGUUUGAGUGGAGUGCUGGGCAGUUCGGUGAAGAUCCCGGGACUCUGUUGUUCGACACUGUGACUGACAGGAUUUGGUUUGAUGUGGGACUGAGAACCAGGGCUGUACUGAGCCUUCCUGACGAAUUUCUUCUCCAGCCGGAAAUCAAGUACAUGUUUCACGUGCGGGCCUGGUACGGCAGUCAUGAGUACCUGGACUUCCAUUCAAAUGGAAUCCUGACGGACUUCACUCCACCGGCUGUGUCCAAGUCAAGAAAGGUGAAUGACCUUUCGGACGUCGGCCAGGUAGUUGAUGUUGACUUCAUUAACAACACCUCCCAACUUGGUGUGGGGUGGAGGAACGUCUUCAUAGACCAGGAAGUGGGCGUGGCAUAUUUCUUGGUGUCCCUCAGCACGUUUCCUGGAGGAGAAGACAUCGUUCCGUUCAGCCAUUCCAAUUUGUCCUCCACUACGUACGAAAUCCUGCUUCACGACCUGACACUUGAACCUAAUGUCAAGUACUACAGUAACGUCAGGGCCUUCAACCAUGCAGGAAUGCACACAACUGUCAGCUCGGAUGGAGUUUUGGUGGAUAUAGAACGCCCAACAGCAGGGGUUGUUCAGGACGGGUCUGGGCUCCAUGACGCCGACUAUCAGAACAGCAGCUGCAGAGUAGCGGCCACCUGGCACGGCUUCUCUGACCUGCAGUCCUUCAUACACCAUUACACCUGCUGCUUCGGCACUGCACCUGGCAGGGAUGACGUCUGGCCUUGUGAAGACGUCGGACUGAGACUGUCACUGACAAGAGAAAUUCCGUGUACUUUACAGAACGGCACAGGUUACUACGCUACCGUGUACGCUGUGGACGCAGCCGGCCUGCGGUCUCCUCCAGCCGUGUCUGACGGAGUUACUGUGGACACCACAGCUCCAGUACCCCUGGACAUGUUCAACUUCGGGACGAACCUGCUGUCUAACCCUUCUUUUGAAGAUGUACAGAGUGUCGGGACCGGUGGACUCCCCGCAUCAUGGCUGAUAUCAGGGAUCGCUAACGUCUCUUCCCCGAGUCAAGCCGCCAGCCAAGAUGGCCGCCAGUACCUCCUUCUCCUGGGAUCCGUCUCCCAGUCUGUCUCAACAAUCCCAGGAGAAAGAUAUCGCAUCAACUUCCAGGCCUCGCCCAUCUUCCCUUCCAACACUCCUGUUCUUUCUCAAGAGGGGUAUGUUCAAGCUCCCGGCAUGCACCGCGUCUUCAAACUGUACCAGCGCCCAUCUCACCUGGAGGGCACACAGCUGCACCUGGACACGAACAUCACCUGGCACCAGCACGUGUUCUACUUCACAGCCGUAAACAUAGUGUCAAAUAUCACUAUCGGGUCAGCAGGAGUCUGGAAUGGUAUUGCUCUGGACAACGUGCAGGUUCAGAGAAUGCAUCUUGCUCAUCAACAUUCAUCUGCAGAUCCCAACUUCCCCGCCCAUGAGACCAGUCCUGUCCGCCUGCACACCAGGUUCGUACACGGCUGGACCUCCGUGCACGCCGCCUGGCACUUUGUAGACCCGGAAAGUCCCAUCGUAGACUACAGCUGGGCCAUCGGCACUGCAAGAGGUGGAACACAACUACAGACCUUCAGAUCAUUCGGAAGAAACACGCAUGCCCAGAACAGUGACAUCCGGCUGUACCACGGCGCCUUUAUCCACGUGACCGUGGUGGCAGAGAACGCAGCAGACCUGAAGACAGUCGUGUACUCGGACCCGGUCCUGGUGGACCUGACACCGCCAGUUAUCUCUGACGUAAAGGACGGAAGUCAACUAGAGGACCUGGACUACCAGAACACGUACGUUAUUUCCCUGUACUGGGAUGUGCGUGAUGAAGAGAGUGGAGUGGACUUUUGUGACUGGACAAUCGGACUGUCGCCAGGGUCCGGGGAACUCCAGCCAUUUGUACGCCUGCCGUCUGUACAUGUGCCACACGCCGUGUCUGACCUGGGCGGGAACCUGACUCAUGGACAGACGGUGUUCCCAACAGUCCGCUGUACCAACCAUGCCGGGGUGUCGUCACACGUCACGUCAGACGGCGUCACUAUCGUUCUACAGCCACCUGACAGCAAUGCCGCUAUAGUUGAGACGGUGUCGAGUUCUUCAUCUUACUACCCGAUCCGAGGUCAGCAUCAGGCCGCCACUGACGUCAUCCACGUGACCUGGUCCGGGUUCUUUGAUGAGUCUGGCAUCCACCACUACCAGGUCCGGGUGUUAAGCCAGGAUGGACCUGACUUCCCAUGGACAGAUGUGGGUUUGUACAGGGAGAAUCACGUCACCCUGUCAGGACUCCAUCUCCGCUCCUACAACACGUACCAGGUCCAGGUCAGGGCUGUCAAUCAUGUGGGCGUGGUCAGUGACGUAGCAUCCUCAGAUAUCGUCAUCGAGACAGAGGAACCACACCUAGUUGAUCCCACCCUCCGGAGUUGGUGGCCUCAGCCGUCGGUUCUACAGUUGGACUGGACGGACGUUUUCGUCAGUAACUCCUCCCUGGUGUACGAGGUGUCUGUCGGGACUUACCCGGGCGGAUGUGACGUCAUGAAGUGGCUGGAAACAGAGGAGACUCAGAUCAGCAUGAACGACGUUGAUAACAACAAGGAACACUUCGUUGUCAUCACUGCCAUCAACCAAGCUGGGCUGUACUUGGGCGAAACCUUUGUACUGUCAUAUCCGGCAAACGGUUAACUAAUAGUAUAGUAUUGUAAUUGUGCGACUAUGUCAUAUUUAGGGUUCAUCUAGUAAGAAUAUACCAAGGUUUGUAGUUUAUGUAAUUAGCCAGCUCAGUCUUGUGUGGCUAACACAGUAGUAGUAUUAAUGUGUGUGUGUGUGUGUGUGUGUGUGUUUGGUAUUUUUUUUACCAAAAGUGGCAUACAGUGGCUUUUUCUUCUCUAGUUCAUACGCUGCCUGUCCACGACCUUCUCUGGGUUUAACAUUUACGAAGGAUGAAUUUCUUUCAUUGAUUUUGCAAAUACGAUACUCAUUUACAUGAACCACAUCUGUAUAUCAGUUAAACAUAUUUUCCACCCAGUAAGGUGUUUUCUCAACAAAGAAGGAUUUUUCAGCAUUUCUUCGUAAAUUAAUGUUUCACAAAUAAGAUCCUGACUUGAGUGUCCAAAGGCGGUAAGAUUCCCGCAGUUAUCAAUAAAUGAUUAUGGCAUUUGUCAUGUAUUAUGCUAGCCAUUUAUAUAAUCAGUAGAUGCCGAUGCUACGUUUUUAAUUACACAUGCCACAAGUCAGAGGUCAGUCUGAAAAAUAGAAGUUUUCAAUCAUCGUACAAAUGGUUUCGAUUUUGUAGAACAUCGAACACACACAGCCACCAUUACAUGUAGAAGGGAGCAGAUACAUCACUGCAUCAAAGUAAAAGACAAAACAUUGAUUCAGAGCCUUGUGUUUUCCUCUCUCUUUAUAGUUAUCUGCCAACCACAU